AUGAGCGUGUACGAAUUCCUCGAAAUAGUAGCUACAAAGCUGCUUGAAGGGAGCCCGCUGGGGAUCGCUAUCGCGGUGAUCAUUGCAUUCGGUGUUCCUAUUCUGCUACAUCUUAUCUUCUACCGAGCAGUUGCAUCUCCGCCGUCCAGCAAUUUCAUACUUGUCGGACCUAGCGGGGCAGGUAAAACUGCUCUUCUAAGUCUACUCGAAGCAAAGUCAUCGUUUGCUCCCAAGCCAAAAUCACAGCCCACACAUACUUCCCAAACCUCAAAUCUCGCUACAAUCCGCCUUCCUGUCUCCGUUCCCAUUGCAUCCAACAGAUACCGAUCCGUCAAUGACCCUUCCUUGAAAGAAGCUCAGCGAAACCCCAUAAAGUACCGAGUGAGGGACACUCCCGGCCAUGGAAAGCUGCGGGGAUCCCAGGGCCUUUCCGAGCUCCUGUCAAUGUCCACGUCUAAAGAUACGAAGUCAAAGUUGCGUGGCAUCCUCUUUAUGGUCGAUACUGCAGCGAUUACCGAAACAGAAGCUUUGAGAGACGCAGCAUCGUACCUGUAUGACGUGCUUUUAAUCCUUCAAAAACGCGCCCUUCAACAAGGUAAGUCUUCGGCCAAAGCCGCGGCGGAGAUACCUGUUCUUGUUGCAGCGAACAAGCAAGAUCUGUUCACGGCACUCCCUCCAAUAUCAGUGCGUGAGAAAUUAGAGGCGGAGAUUGAUAGGGUCCGCAAGUCUAAGAACAAGGGGCUUAUGGAUGCCAGUGCUGAUGUUGGUGAGGGUGAAGGGGAGGAUGACAUUCUGGGCAGUUAUGAUGUGAAGGAUAUAUUCAACUUCAAGGAUUUUGAAGAGGAAAUUGGUGUGAACGUUGAAGUCGUGGGUGGAGCUGUCAAGAGUGAUGAGGAGGAUGUAGGAGCCGGUGUGCGGAGAUGGGAAGAAUGGGUCGGUCAGUGUCUGUGA